AGUUUGUAAAAACAUCCGCCAAAUACGUGUCUUUGUCAACAUGUGAGCCACGUCUAUCUUGGAGUCUUACCACGUCAACACCCACCGAACUCCUCGCUUCUCUCUAUACAUACAGUUAUAUAUAUACGUGUUCUCUUUCUCUCUAUAUAUAUUUAUUUAUAUGUAAGUGUAUAUACAUACAUAUAUAUAUAUAUGCAUACAUAUCUACAUAAAAAUAUACACACAUAAAUUAUAUAUAUAUUUAAUACUUUCUCUGUGUCUGGAAAAUUUACAUACACCCAGUAAUGAAGCCGUGAUUGCAUACCUUCGGGAUAUAUUAUAUACACUCAGGACUAUCUCUUUCACCAGUGUAUAUAAAUAUAUGUAUAUACAUCGAUCUAUCCAUCCAUCCAUCGAUCCAUUGAUCUCUAAGGCUGCUGGUUUAAAGAUCUAAAGAAACCCAUUCAUAUAUAUAUAUAUGUGUGUGUAUGUGUUUAGCUCUUAAGAAGGGCUCCGGUCAUCGUUUUGUUGUGUCCCAACGGAUUUUACUUGGCGAGAGCGCUUUGAUAUAGGAACAACGCGCACCCGUUUAUUUAUAUAAAUCUAUAUUCAAUUCCUUUGGGACUAAACCACCCUCUUGCAACUAUGUCGAAAUAUAAGGACAAACUGGACGGCAAGGAGCUAGACCUGAGUAUGUGCUCGCUGAACACGAUCAGCGUCCGGGAUAUCGCCCUGUUACCGAGGGCCACGUCUUUGAAUUUAUCCUACAACCGUCUCACCCAGCUACCCAGCAACUUCUGCUCCAGUCUCACGCACCUCACCCGGCUCGAUCUCAGCAACAACAGUCUCACCGAGCUACCGGACGACUUCGGUUCGAUGGUCAACCUCAAGCACUUGGACCUUCUCGGCAACCAGCUGACCCUCUUGCCCCUGACGUUUGGCGAGCUGGCCAAACUGAAGUGGCUCGACGUGAAAGACAACCCUCUCAACCCAGUGCUGCGCAGCGUGGCCGGCGACUGUCUCAACGAUGCCGAGUGCCGCAAGUGCGCCAGCCUGCUGGUCAGCUACAUGAAGCAGUUUCGAGCCGACUUCGAGCGACUGGAAGAGGCCCGUGAAAUCAGACGGGCGGAGAGAGAAGCAGCCAGGCUGGAAGUCCGACGACAGAAAGAAAAAGCAAAGAAAUUACUUGAAAAAGAAAAGCGCAGGAAGGAACAUGAGACGAACAGGAUUCUUGAAGUUUCUGCUCAGACUGCUGCCCUUUACGAGUCCGCCAACGCUAACCCGAAAACCAACAGGGGUAACCGGAGCAACAACAGUACCCCUACAGAUCCUAGGACUGCUACUACGCCCACGACACCCAUCAAUAGCAACAACAACAACAUCAAUAAGAACAAUCAGCAGAAAGCUGAACGUGUGAUGUCCGUUACUUCUACGCCAAAGGCCAAAAACCACGCCGCGACGACCGUGACCACCACCACCACCACCGAUAACAACAAAGCGUCACCCAAGUCACCAAAGGCUGCUAAGAAAAACAACAACAACAACAACGAAACCAACACCGGCAACAACAACAACAACAACAUCAAACACACCAACAAAACGUCGGCCGGUCCCAGAACGGGCAAGCCGAGCCCUUCCUCGUCCGGCCCCUCUUGCUGCACCUCCUCCUCCUCCUCCUCCCUCUUCACCGCUUUGGCACUGUUAGCUCUCCUGGUCGCCUUCGUGGCGCUGUUUGCGCUCCCUGUGUCACCGGACAAUAAACUGUACGACGAAAUCCGACGGAGGGCCUCAAACAUGAUGGCCACCCUAUCGGGAACUGAUGAGAAAUAAACGGUCAAAGAUAUGAUGUUUAAAUAUCUGCCAAAAAACAGAAUUGGUAUUUUCUGCAAGGCACCUUGUUUCAUAAUAAACUUGACAUAUCUCAAAAGAGAAUAGUUCCAAACAUGACACUCCUCAUCAAAUGACAGAUUGGGAUAUAAAACUGCUUUCUGCAGUUAAGGGUAAUGAGAUUUUUGAGUGGACGUAUGUAAUUUCUGCAGUGAAAGGGUUAAUAUUCCUAUGAAACAUCCUAGACAUAAAUGGAAUUACAAUAGAAGACCAAAACACCCUAGAGGCUCCCUCAGUUUGUAUAAGUAGCAGUUAAGUACUUCCGUUGAUUUAACCCUUUAAAUAUGAAAUAUAUUUUCAUGGUUAUUCCAGUAAUGAUGUUUAAAUAUCUGCCAAAAAAUAGUAUUUUCUGUGAGUCACCUUGCGUCAUAUUAAAUUUGACAUAUCUCAAAAGAGUUCCAGACAUGACAUUCCACAACAAAAAACAGAUUGGGAUAUAAAACUGCUUUCCAAAGUAAAGGGUAACAAAAUUUUGAGUGGAGAUAUCUAAUUACCACAAUGAAAGAAUUAAUGAACUAUCAGAGAAAUUUGUUGCAGUAUUAUUAUAUUUCAUGGAAAAUAUUAAAAAUUUGUUUCAUCAAAA